AUGUCUGUCCCUCCGGUCCUCUCGUAUUGCCCCUACAUCGGCCUGUUCACCGGUCACCCCUCCCUCUUUCGGAAGAACCGCGCCCCGCAGAGCGCGGGCGGGGGUGAGCUCGCGCCGGGCCCGCUCAAGGACGCGCUUGUGGCAGACUUUGGCAGCGUCGCCGGGCGCAGCGUUCAAGAAGGUGAACACCGUUACCGCCGCUAUCCGGGGCUGGCUCGGCUACAGCCCGACACCAAGAAGCUCGGGGUCGUCACCACCGCGAACCAGGACCCGCUCCUCACGCACGUCCCCAUCAUCGGCAUCGACAUCGGCAUAUGGGAGCACACCUUCUACCUGCAGUACCACAACCUCAAGGCCGACUACCUCACGGCGAUCUGGAAUGUCAUCAACUUCAAGGAGGCCGAGCGCCGCUUCGUCGAGGCGAGCAAGCAGUGA